AUGGCACCUGCGAUUCGCGAGGUUACCCAGACACUUAUCGAGGCCGACAGCACUCUCGUGACGGUCAUUACUCUAGGAAAUACUAAACCCUGGCCAACGUUGGACUUGGUUACAUUGACAGUGUCCACUCCAUCCACGACUGUCAUCCACGUGGUCCAUAGAGCAGCAACUCCUGCGCCUGAGCGAAUCCAUUCGGCCAGAAGCAGCGGACUAUCCAAUGGAAAUAAAGGCGCGAUAGCGGGGUCUAUCCUCGGUGUCGGGGUCUUGCUACUGCUCUUGUACUAUCUUUAUCUAUGUCAUUUGCAGUCCCGGCCAUUGACUCCACGAUCGGCCAAAGUCCAACUUGACCCGCAAGAUCCUACGCCAGCUCCAGAGCCUGUUCGUACUGUCAAUUCAUCGUCCAAGAAGAAUAAGGCUGUUACCAUAUCGUCUGAUCUUCCUCGAUAUUUUCCUCGAUACUCUGGCUCGAAGGAUAUCAAGUCAAUCAUCACACCCCUUGUGAGGAUAUCAACAGAAGUGAACUUGGGGACUGGGUUCGAGACAAGAGAAGGAAGACUAGGACAACGGGUUCGAUUCAUGAUUCGAGAACGAAAGAGAUCGAGGGUGAAGAAGCGCCGGAGGUCACACAGGCGUCGAAGGAAACGCAAGGCUACGAAGACUGAUAAUACGAAUUGA